AUGUCGCUCCCUGCUUGCAAACCCCGGGUCCUGGCCCCCCUCUGCUUCUGUCUCCUGGCCUUGGUCUGCGUAGGAGUGUGCCAGGAUGAAGGGCCUUCAGGGACCCCAGGCUCCCUGACCCCCAGGCUGGAGGGGAGCCGCUGGAGCCAGAUGCAGAACAAAAUGAAGGAGAUGGUGACCAGGACCAGAGACAAGUGGCAGCAUUUCUGGAGCCCUGAAGGCUUCCGGGGAUUUUUGCAAACCUACUAUGAUGACCAUUUGAGAGGCCUGGGCACCCGCACCAAGACCUGGCUCCACAACUCCAAGGAAGCUGUGCUGGACAAGGCCCAUAGCCUGUGUCCCAAGAUCAUCUGCAAGGACAAGGACCGUGAUUAA